CGGACUUUUUCACUGCUGCUGCUGUGAUUUACUGUACGGAAAUUUGCUUUAUGCAGCAAAUGUCGUACGAUAAUUAAGAAAACAAACCGAUACUGUGUGAAAUACUGUCCGUUUUGAAUGUAACUCUGCUUAAAAUGUAUAUAGUUUGAGUGAAAAAUGAACGAUAGCGCCGCAGAAUGCUCAGAAACGCUGGACCCCAGAGUUCAGAUUGAGCUAGAGCGCUUAAACACAGCAACAGAUGAGAUCAACAGGCUAGAAGUUGAGCUAGAUGAAGCCCGGCUCGCGUUCCGGCGGCUGCUGGCAGAGGGACACCUGCGGAUACAGCAGCUUACCAAGAAACUUGGAACUAGUGUGCACAAAGCCCGGCCUUACUAUGAAGCAAGAUUUAGAGCUAAUAUUACUUCACAAGAACUCCAAGCGGCAACCAUCACCUAUGACAAGGCGAACAGCGCCCACGCAGCGGCCCGAGAGAUGGUGUUCCUGGCCGAGCAGGGGCUCGCCCGCCUCGCUGAAGGUGCCGAAGGCGGGGUCACUCUCGACCCGGCGUGGCAGGAGAUGCUUAACCACGCGACACAUCGCGUCAACCAGGCAGAAAUGGACCGUGCCCACGCGACGGUGACGCAGCGCACGAAGGCGGCCGCGCACCGCGCCGCCGCCGCGCUGGUGCAACAACUACAAGCGUCACUCAAACGACACAUCACCAAGUCCAGACCGUAUUUCGAAGAGAAGGCCCGCAUCAACACGGCGCUGGAGGCGCAGAAGGCGCGCAUACAGACCUUAGAGGAGCAGGUCUGCGAGGCGAAGCAGCAAUACUCCUCAGCCUUGAGGAACCUGGAGCGGAUAUCCGAUGAGAUACACAAGCACCGGUCGAGGCGGCAGUCCACGAGAAACGAAAUAGACCGAGCAUCAACAAUCACAGAUGUAGCCAGCGACACCUCCAACGGAGUCCUCGAAGACCUGUGUUCCCAAAGCACUGACGCAUCUGUUCGGGAGUGGCUGCGGCGGGCCGCCGCCGAGCGGCCCGGACAGGAUGACACCUGGACGGAGAUAGACCUGGACUACUCCAGCCCUGAGGAGGUGAGCUUCGAGAAAUGCUCGCUGCGGCCUCGCUCGUCCCCUGACCAACCGUCACCGCCGAGCCCUGGCGAGUCCAAAGUGUCCGCUGCGUCACCCCGUCGCAUAAUACGUUCUAUGGACCGCACAGCUCUGCUGCGAGCCGACUUGGAGAAGGCUGAGAAGGGCAGACGGCAGUCCCUGGACGCCAUACUGCACGACACCGGGGAAAAGGUCAAGGAGAUCAAGGAGAUGUUCCAAGGUCUAUCGUUGUUCGGCGAGCGCGGCUCCCACUCCGCCCCCCGCACGCCGCGCCGCACCUCCCCCUCGCGCGCGCGCUCCUCGCGCAGCUCAGCGGACGGGAACUCCGACACCGACAGCUUAGCCAGUAUGGACAUGCUAACGGACGAGCAGAUCGCGUCCCUAAUGCUGGAUAAGCAACUCCAAGACGUCUGCGAACGCCUCGCCGGGGUCGCCACCCGGCAACCACGCUCGCCACAAUCACCUGAGGCACGGUUUUGAACCCUACGUCUAUAGUAAUACGGUAUCAAAUACGACAAGCAAUUCCAAGUUAUCUGCGAACACGUAGCCGGCGUCGCCACCUGGCAACCACGCUCGCCACAAUCUCCGGAGGCACGGCUUUGAACCCUACGUCGAUAGCAAUACGGUAUGUAAUACGACAAGCAACUCCAAGAUGUCUGCGGACGACUCGCCGGCGUCGCCACCCGGCAACCACGCU